GGAGACGAUGCCCACGUUCCCUCCAUUGCGUCGCGAGAAGAAGAAGAAGAUGGAGAUGCUCCGGCAGCGAAGCCCGUCGUUGAAGCGCAAGCAUGCUUGGCUGCUCGUCGACGUGAAGGGAAGCUCGGGAAAAAGCUUAAGAAGAAGGCGCAAAACGACGACGAUGGCCCCAGAAACGCCCAGGAACGCAGGGAAAUGUCGGCCAUCACCGUGUUCUGGAGCGGCAUCGCGCUCCUCUCCGACGGCUACAAUGCCCAGGCACUGUCGUCGGUCAACGUCAUCCUGAGCAAGCAGUUCCCCCAAGACUUCACCUCCGUCUACCGCACGCGCCUGUCGACAGCGUAUUAUGUAGGGACGUGCCUGGGCGCCCUCUUCUUUGGCGGCUUCAUCGACCGCCUCUCGAGAAAGGCCGGUGCCGUCACGUCGACGCUCCUCAUGGUUCUUGGUGUGAUUCUCUGCACGGCCGCCAACGGCACGUCGCCCCAGGGCCUCUUCUGGAUGCUCAUCGUCGCCCGGGGUGUCACGGGCGUCGGCGCUGGGGGAGAGUACCCGAUCAGCACGACGAUGGCGACCGAGUCGAGCGACGAGACGUCGCGGCUGCGGCGCAUGCGCGGCCUCCUCGUCGGCCUCGUCGGCUGCACUGCCAUUGACGCUGGCUUUGUCGUUGCCGGCAUCACCCCGCUCAUCGUCCUGGCCGCCUACGGCUACACGUCGACGACGCCGGUCAGCGAGACGCACGGCCUCAAUGGCGUUUGGCGCAUCGUCUUUGGCCUGGGCAUCGUCGUGCCCCUCUCCAUCCUCUAUCUGCGCCUCAAGCUGGUGACGAGCACCGCCUUUGCGCGCCACGGCUCGCCCCAGCACCUCUCCAGCCCGCGCUUCUGGCUCGUCGUCGUGCGCACCUACUGGCGGCGCAUCGUGGGCACAUGCCUCUGCUGGGCCCUCUACGACGCCGUGUCGUACCCCUUUGGCCUCUUUACCUCGACGAUCAUCGACCAGCUCUCGGGCGGCCAGUCGACGCUGAUCCGGUCCAUCGGCUAUGGCACCGUCAUUAACCUGUUUUAUAUUCCCGGCUGCCUCGUGGGUUCCUUUGCCAUGGACCGCCUGGGCCGCCGCAACACCCAGGCCACCUUUUUCCUCGUCCAGGCCGUCGUCGCCUUUGUCCUCGGCGGCGCCCUGGGCCCCAUUUCGUCGAUUUUCCCCCUCUUUGUCGUCCUCUACGGCCUCGUCCUGGCCCUGGGCGAGGCCGGCCCGGGCGUGGCGACGAUUCUGAUCAGCGCAGAGUCGUACCCGACGAUGAUCCGCGGCCAGAUGGUCGGCCUCUCGGCUGCGUUUGGCAAGGCGGGCGCCGCCGUGGGCACGGUGGCCUUUGGCGCGAUCCAGGACCGCCUGGGCGAGGGCAACGCGGGCACCCAGGGCGUCUUUCUCUGCGGCGCGGCCUUUUCCGUCGUCGGUGGCCUCCUGACGCUGGCCUGCAUCCCCGUCAUGACGGACAAGCUGCAGGACGAGGACGAGCGGUUCGAGGCGAUCCUGGCCGCCAACGGCAUCACCCUCGACCUGCCCCACCUGGCGCCGACGGCUGCGAUGGCGACGGACCUGGCCGCGACGCGGAGCAUCGACAAGGACGAAAAGGAUGCGGCAGCCUUUGUGACGCUGUCCUGAGGGGGCACAUCUGAGGGGGCCCUUCUUGUAUUGUACUGAACCGCUCUGUGCUGUACAUGUGCGCGACCAGAAUCACACUUGUCUUGCCAUUCUGGAUGAUAUCCAGUGGAGCCAGGGCUUGGAGACAGCCGCAUACAGACAGACAACCACUGCAGAAGUGGACCAUAUCACAUGUGGG